CACUGCCGUUCUGGCCGCGACGAGGAGAAGUCAAUAGGAGGCCUGCGCGCACUGUACUUCAACGACGCAAUUGUAAAAGCACAUUUCGCCAAAGAAUAUCUCUAAACGCACUUUUGGAAGUCCAAGUUGUCGCUUCUCAUGGUCCCCGAUACGCGGAAACUUUCAUACGAAUUCAUGUUCGUCGUUUCAAACAAAAUGGAUGCGAUGAUGAUAAUUGUUGACGAUUUCUUACACGGAACACCACCCUCGCGCAUAGUCGGUGGAACGGUCCUCGUUUCAUAUCUUGGGCUGAAAAUCAUAUCAGUUGGGACAGAUUUCUACUGUCAGCUUCGAAAUCGUGGCGUGCUACGGGUAGUCUUUGAGGCCGCUAAGUCGCUACCCAUCCUCAAUCAGUUCGUUUCGCGCGAAAAAGCGAAGUUGAUAGCUAAGCUGGAUAAGGAUCUUCGAAAAAAGAUUGCCGCAAAUCCACUUCGAGUUGUAGAGCUUCCAAUCGACGGAUUAUCAAGCAGAGAAAUCUUAUCAGAGGCUGAUUUUCGCCGAGCCAAGGAUACAUGUCAGCUGAUGAAAUCGUCUCAGAUGUCUGGAGCAGUGUACAUGGCCGAUCACGAACACUGUGAUCUUCUGUGUUCCAUAUAUUCUAGUUUUGUGCAUGCCAAUCCGCUGCACGCCGACGCAUUCCCAUCAGUGACGCGGAUGGAGUCUGAAGUAGUCAGUAUGACUGCUAGUCUUCUUGGUGGCUGCAGUGCAACGAAUCCAGGCGUUUGCGGGCUCAUGACGUCGGGAGGUACUGAAAGUAUUUUAACAGCUAUCCGGGCAUCGAGAGACUACAUGCGGGCCACUCGCCAUAUACGUAGGCCCGAAAUGAUAGUGGCAGUUUCUGCUCAUGCUGCUGUCUACAAGGCUGCGGAAUACUUCAACAUCCAAAUUGUUAGGGUUCCCGUGGACAAAGACUUCCGCAUGGACGUCGAUGCGACUGCCCGUGCUAUUCGAAAAAAUACAAUUUUGAUUUACGCAUCUGCCCCAGGGUAUCCACACGGUACGGUCGAUCCAGUAGAGAAGUUGGGUGCGCUAGCGAAGAAAAAUGGAGUCUGUUUACACGUUGAUGCGUGUCUUGGAGGAUUUGUUCUUCCUUUCAUACCCUCCUCGAAGCAAUCACCUUUGCCGAUGUUUGAUUUUCGCGCACCGGGAGUGACGUCACUCUCUGUAGAUACGCACAAAUACGGUUUAUCACAGAAAGGGUCUUCAGUUGUGCUAUACGCGUCUUCUCUCCUUCGGCAAUACCAAUACACAGCCGUGAUGGAUUGGUCCGGGGGUCUAUAUAUAUCACCAUCUCAGCCAGGUUCGCGAUCUGGGGGUCUGAUAGCGCAAACUUGGGCAUCCCUUCUUCAUUUGGGAAGAAAUGGUUAUAAGGUCAUGACUGAAAAAAUAUGCAGUGCAUCAGCCCGUCUACGAGCAGGAAUUUCACAAAUUCGUGGACUGCAGGUGUUAGGUUCAGAUGUGACUAUGGUAGUUGCAUGGGGUUCGACAGAUCCUCUGCUUGACAUAUAUGUGGUUAACGACAUCAUGAUCACAAAAGGUUGGCAUCUCAGCGUCCUUCAUACUCCAGCAGCCUUACACAUGUGUAUUACACCGGCAAAUCUGGAACGUGUGCCUGAGCUUUUAUCUGACCUUAGGGAAGCUGUUGAUGAAGCACAAAACUCAAACGACGAAGGGAUAUCAGGCGGCAAAGCCCCGAUAUACGGCCUUGCUGGUGCUCUACCUGACCGCGACUUGGUGGGUGAUAUUCUGAAGGAUGUGCAAGACUUGAUGCUCAAGCAUGUCUAGAUCAGGGAUUUACCCUGGUUGCACACGUCUACAUUAACUCUGGUCUUUUUGGUGAAACGUUUGUCUGCCGCACGAAAGCGCAAGCCUGGAGCAGUUCUUUGCUUGCUUGGCUAAUAAAUACCUUCGAAGGUAACAAGUGUUGAACGAACGAACGAAGGUAUCUAUAUCCAUAUCGAACGAAAAUUUCAGCCCAAACCCUACAUUGCCAGUCUAAAUUAUCUGUAGACUAUCUAGAUAAUAAAGAGAAAGAUUAGUACAUACAUACUGUCACGAUGCAUAUAUAUGCAUGCAUGUUGCUUUAUUUGUUUAGCUUAUUAUUUAUACUUGAUUGAUUGGUGUAAACUUGA